GUUGAUAUUCUUUGCGGAGAGAAACGAGGGCGAUCGUCCAAGCGAAGAAAACAAACGAAUCGGUAAGACCAUCCACAGCUAACAACAUGUUAGCAGAUAGCUAGCGUUUGCGCCUUCAUUCAUUGAUAUGGUAAGAUAACUCAUUUUAACUUACUAUACAGGUUUUCCGCUUGGUUCGUCCUUAUACCGUUGGUAAUUGGAGACAAUAUCUAUAGCAGAAUUCGGUCUGUGCGUGGCUCUCACGGUUUGUUCACGCCUGAAACAUGCGAAUUCCAUACAUGGUUUUGCGCAUGUGUCAGGUAAAUUCAAAUUACAGUUUAUUAAACAUUCUGGAAAUACAAGGCACCUUUAUUAAAAAGAAACGGAUUAAAGCCUGGCCUAACAGCUAUUAUGGUCAGGAAGCCCACAAGUCAUAAUGGCGAUAACAACGCUAGCUUUUACAUAGUAACUAGGACUACCCUAGCCUUUGAUCAUGACUCUUAAUUCCAUUCCAUUCCAUUACACAUAAGUCACUGGAUGAAGGCGUCUUCUCUAAGAGGGAGUUUUGUUAAGAUCCCCUACGCUCGGGCUGAACAUUAACAUACAUCGCUUGCAGUAGGGUUUUGGAAGCAUAAGAACCUUAACUUCAUAUCAUCGAGAAAUUAAUUUACGUCAUUUAGCAGACGCUCUUAUCCAGAGCGACUUACAAAUUGGUGCAUUCAAUUUACGAUAGCCAGUGGGACAACCACUUUAAAAACGUUUUAAAAAUGUGAGGGGGGGGGGGGGGGGGGGGGGGUAGAAGGAUUACUUUGAACUAUUCCAGGUAUUCCUUAAAGAGGUAAGGUUUCAAGUGUCUCCGGAAGGUGGUCAUUUUUUUUCAAUCUAAAGGUUAAAUAGAUACACACCUUGUUAGGGUUAGUGUUCCCACAUGGCCAUAUCUCCAUAUUACAGCGCAUGUUUACAGAAAACAGACAGAAAACGAGGCAACCACCUAUGCUAAUUAGCUAUCUAGCAUGCUCCGAACAUCUGUGUGUAAGCCUAACUUGGGAAGUGUAGUUUUGUCAGAUGGAGAUACCAUAGCUGUAUGGAUUUGUGCAAAACUGCUGCAGUAAGUGUAUAUAUUUUAAUUUGAAGGAUUCUUUCUCGCUGAUGAAAGAUAAGGGCCAUAUGUUUCGAAAGCCGUAUCGCAAGCGAUGAUUAUUGACGUUUCUAAACAUUAAAACACAGUAUAGUUCACAUGAAGCAGUCGUGGGUGAAGCUAAUGGCUGAGAUCUGUAGGGAGAAGGCAGAAUGCUGCCUAGUGUUUGAGAGCUGGCCUACCCUUUAAUGCAUACCAAUAUAGCAAAUAAUAAAGCUAGCAUAUUAUAGAAAUCACUUUACACGUUGUGGUCCUGUGUGUCAAUGACAGCCGGGAGUAUGGCGACAAAUGGAGAGAAGGCGAGUGGAGGAGAAGAGGGGUCGGAUUCCGAGGUGGCUGAGCUUCGCCAGAAAGUAGAGUCGCUACAGCAAGAACUGAAAACCUGCACAAAAGAACUGGCCAAAUUACAGAAACAACUGACCAAGUCUGAGAGGCUUCAGAAGAGCACAGAAGGCUACAAUGAAGACUUGAGGAAGCAGGUAGCUACCAAGAACAAUCUAGCCAUCAUUAAAUAAGUAUGUGAAAUGCACAAAUGAGUCAAUUUACAACUGACUGUGAUACUUUUUUCUUUGACAUGAUUUGAUACAAUAGGUCGACAAGCUUAGUGCAGAGAUUCAUGAACGAAAGAAAAAGGCGAAAGAGAGAGCUGAAGCUGAGACACAGACCGAGGAAUAUAGCUGGUCAGAAACUGGUGAGCAAUCUAACCACCAUCCAUUCUUAUUUCCCAGGACCAGCAGUUUGUGAUUAAAUGAAACAUUUGGUUUUAUGUUGCUCCACUCACAGAUAGAUGCAUUGAGCCUUCUCUGUGUGAUUUCCAGAUUAUUACAGCUACUACUAUGGAGGAGGGUACUACCAGGGUGAUGGUGUGGCUACAGACACGCAGGGGACCGUGACACCAGAGGGGCAGGAAGCCACUGAUGCCUCAGUGAUGACAGCUGCAGAAUCAACCACUGACACAGCUACAGACACAAUGACAGACACAGCCACAGCGAUGGUUACAGAGGUGUCAGUAGAGGGUGGUAUUGCUGCUGCUCAACCAGAGGCGAGUUUGAUUACCGUCCCUCCACUCAUUCUAUUCUGACUGAGGACAGUGAGGUGUCUCUUGUCUUCCAAAAGACUACUUUUGGAAGACAAGUGCUGAUCUCCCUAAUACGUGACCACAAUCACUCCUUUCAUGGGCCGUGGCUAAAGAAGACUAUUAGCUUGAAACAUGAUCAUGAUGUCUAUUUGGAAGGGCACAAUAAAUACUAGAAGGUUUUAGGUUGAUGACCGACACCGUGCAAAAACGGUUUGGGAACUUUACUUUCUUUACUUGUGUUUGUUCCAGCAGGAAGUGGAUACGGACUCCAUAGCUGACAUGCUGAGAGCCACAGCUGAGCAGGCCAUGACACAGACUGGCUUUGUGUUUGAUGAGACAACUGGGAUGUACUACGACCACAGCACUGGCUUUUACUACGACUCGGUACUAAACCACCCACACACACGAUCACUAUUCCAUUAUUUAACACUCUUUAAUUGUGUCACUGUCUCCCUCCCCUAGGCCAGUCAGUUGUACUAUGAUAACAACACAGGGAUGUACUACUACUACGAUGCAGAGAGUGGCAAGUACCAGUUCCACUCCAGGAUAGAGGUUCCUACUGUACAGCCUGUCUCAAAGACCAGCCAGGUGAUAAAGAGCCUAGACAAGAAAGGAAGGAAGUGGAAGAAAGUUCCAGAGAGAACCUCUCGUCAGGAUGAUAAGGUAGGUGACCGUACCAGAGAUAAACCAGAAUCACUACAAGAGAAUUACAGCAAAUUCUGGAUUUAUGUUCCUUUUAAAUAAUGAUUAAGAAGGGAUAAUUUAUAUGUUUUAACUAGCUCAACAUUUCUCACUGUUGUAUACAACUGACCUGUUAUCCUUACUGUUUUUGAUUUGUGUUCAUUGGCUGACCUGAGACAUGAGGCUCCUGAAGCAUCUCACCUUCAGUAGUUUAGAGAUUGUAAUUGACUUCUUAGGAUCCAUUUUAACCAUGAUUUAUGUGGUCUCAGUUUUCAAAUACUUGCAGGGGUGAUUUUAGACUGACUGCAGCAGCUAUAGUUUUGGUUAUUUCUGCUGUAGAGUCAGAUACAUUUUUGUCAAGUACAGAGUUUUGGCUAUUGCUUGCAGCUGCUGUUUAGUUGACUGAAUGCUAUUCCUCUGGUCAUAGGUAGAAGACGUGACUAACUCACUGGCUAACAUGAAGAUUUCCUAUUUCUGGAACUCAGCUUCCCGUAGAGGUACACGUCUCACAUCUUUCACACAGACACUUAGAACAAUUCUUUAACAGCAGAAAGACCCCUUGCAGAUAUGAGGUAUAGGCUACACAGCUUUAGUGCAAAAAAAGGGCAGGUUUCAGAGGCCAGGGAUUUGGCUGCUUUGUCUGGUCAGGAGGAUGUUUUUGAGGAUCACUUUCAUUGUUUUGCAGCUUGAGUCAAUAAAUUGGCUUUGCUGUGAUGCAGUACAGGCCUACUGUCUUUGAGAACUGAGACCCAUAUCCAAAAAUAACCCCAAAACAGUACAGGGAGGUUUUGAUGCAGAGAGCCCACUGUCCAAAUUCCUAGAAAGCCUCUUGUUUCCAGUGUCUGUGAAUGGAGUUCUCUGGAGAUGCUUUAGGUGCAUCCUCCCCUCUGAUUGGUUGCCUGUCUACUGACAGGGCCUUGUAAAGGUAAAGGAGGAGGAGCUGGACCUUGAUGAGUGGGUGGAGCGGCGAAUCCCCAAGAGGGGCGAGGCCUCGCGCAGGCAGAGGGACCGGUCUCUUACUCCAGACGCUCCUCCGCGGAAAAAAAGCUCCUUGAAGAUUCGCCGGGCGAAGAAUGCUGAACGCUCGCUGAAGAGGAAGAAGAGGAAGGACGGGUUGCGCUCUGAUGAUGCGAGCAGCUCAAGGAGGAGGAAGAAGAAGGCUAAAUCAGAUAAACUCAGCAAGAAAAAGAAGAAGGCUAAAGCAGUGUCUGCGUCGCGGAGUGAUGACUCGAGUGGGAACAAUGAUCCUGAGGAGGGGGAGAUCACAGAGUCGGAGGGAGAAUGGAAGUCUACCUCUUCCUCCCCUCCUCCCACCAAAUACAGCUCAGAGUCAGAGAUGGAGAGUCAGGAAGGUGAGAGGGGAGGAGGGACACAGUUUAGAGUUAUUCAGUCAACUUCUUAUUAUAGCUUUGUAUGCACUUUUCACUGGGGUUUCUUUAAAGGUGAAGGAAGAAUGAAACAAAGCACUCUGUCAGAAGUCUAACACCACCUGAUAUUUGUUCAUCUGUCUUCCUCAAUGUUUCCUAUAGUUAAAAUCUUGCUCAGCAGAAUUGUAAUGUCAAUGUAUGUGAUGUGUGUGUCGUGUCCCCAGUAGCUGAGGUGGUGUGGCCGCCCUGUGUGAGGGUGACAGUGGUCAGAUCUCCAGUGUUACAGACAGGAACACUCUUCAUAAUCACAGCUGACUCUCCAGCCACCAUUGGCAGGUCAGUACAGCGCUGUAGAUUGAAUCGGCUCAGGAGUUCAUCUAUUUAACCACCAGGGGGAAUGAGAGCUCAGAUCAUUAUUUCUGAAAUCGAAGUUUAAACUACCUGUGGCAUUUUGAGAUACGUUAAAACAGUAAGUCUAUCUUUUCAGGGAGAAGGAUAUGAACCAUGCAAUCAGUAUAUCUGAAAUGGGAGUCAGUAAGGUAUGGCAACCUAUUUCAUUUAUUUGUUAGAUUCUGCUACAUGCAUUAGUAGUCUGCAGGCCAUCAAAUUAAAUCGUAAUGGUACUGAUUGGGUCUAUAUAUUUUAUGUAAAUCCCAGCUCCAUGCAGAGGUGUACUUUGACCAGGACCGACAGUGCUACAUGCUAGUGGACCAGGGGAGCCAGAACGGAACUGUCCUCAAUGGCAACCGAAUCCUACAGGUGGGACAGACACACACACACACCUUGGUUGGAAAGUGAAGUAGUAACAGUAUUGUUUUCCCUCCCAUCAGCCCAACGCUAAGUGUGACCCUUGCCCUCUGACCCAUGGGGAUGAGGUGAAGAUGGGAGAGACGGUUCUGUCCUUCCACAUCCACUCAGGGACAGACACCUGUGACGGCUGUGAACCCGGACAGGUCAUGGCUCACCUCAGCAAACACCAGAGGAACCAACCGCUACAGACAGGUACAGAACAACCUGAUUAAUUUGCGGACACUAAUGUGUUGCAUCCAUCUUUGUAAGUUGUCUGUAUAAGACCAAACACUAAUGCAAUGCUCACACACCUAGCUACCCAUGCCACACACACACACAUGGCCCAGUCUCUAACUAUCCAGAUGUGUUGUUCCUCAGGUCCAGCUCCAACCAAAGAGGACAAGGAGCUGCUCCGACAGAAAGAACUGAAACAGAUGAAGGUUAAAUAUGGCCUGAAGGUAAGUGACUGGUUCAUCCACCACCACUACAACUUAAUCUGAUGUCCCCUUCUGCUGUAUUAUUACUCAGUGAUUAAUAAUUUCCAUUGGUAAUCCUUUGUUGGAAAUGUCCUUGUCAAUCAGAUCUCCACCUACCUUCUUUGUGUAAUAUAAUAUGCCAUUUAGCAGACGCUUUUAUCCAAAGCGACUUACAGUCAUGUGUGCAUACAUGGAUGUUAUCUGACAGAAGUUUUCAUCCAAUUAAACUGUUCUGUUUUUGCUCAAGCAAGUCUUGUUGACAUUUAAGUUGCUAGAGACUGAGCAGUCCCAUAGUUGACCGUUCUUUCCUUGUCGCUAACAGAGCAGUGAGUAUAUUACUGUGUUUAGUGUCUCCUUCGUCUCUCUCUGUCCCAACAGAGCGCUGAGUAUGAGGAGGAUAAAGCCCUGAGGAACCCCAGGUAUGUGGACCGGGCCGAGUCUCGCCGUCAGACCGUGGGCAGCGAGGGAGUCUUUCAACGGGAUGACGCACCCGCCUCUGUACACGUGUACGUAGCCAUCCGAUUGGUUGAGUCAUUGCAAGUGUGUGUGCCACGUAUGCACAUGUAAGAACUAGUAGUUCCCAAGUCCUGGAUUGAUCUGAGGUUGUCUUGUCUCUUUUUGUACUUGUUUCCCUCCUUGUCCAGUGAGAUCAGUGAAGUCAACAAGGGAAGGAAGAUGCUGGAGAAGAUGGGCUGGAAGAAAGGAGAAGGCCUGGGCAAAGAUGGAGCCGGAAUGAAAGACCCGGUAAUAUUAAAAUUUCCCCCUUUCUAUUGGGGUUCUCCUCCUGGUAUUCCCAGUUUUCAGAGAUGGGAGUUUUUCUACAGUAUUUCAACUAGGGAUUAAUGAAUAGCUAUAGUUUAAGUUGACCAAACCUCAAACCAAUAUCCUCCACCUGUUGUGAUUUCAUCCCAGUUCUUUCUCACUUUGCUCACACAUCUGAUCUGAUAUUUCCUACCAUUCUGGUUUUCCCGUAGAUCCAGUUGAAGAUCCGGAAGUCCCAGUCAGGCUUUGGGGCGGGAGCUGCUGUGUCGGUGGACGAGGCUGGAUCUCUGAGUAGGACCAAGACCCAGAGGAACUGGGAGAAGGCCAGGGAGAGGUUUAAUGACACAUGCCAGACAGAGACACCCACAGUCAAGAAGGAGCAGGGCCCAGCGCCCAAACCUUGGGUUAAAGGAGAAGUGAUUGAGUGACAUCCAAUGUUUCUCAACGGUUCUAGUCCAUAUCUCAGAAAGGCCAGUCACCCAAUCCACCAUGGAGAAGUGGGUAAUUGACUGCAGACAGACACAGGGUGGCCUAAUUGCAUUGUUUUUACUGACUGAAUCCACUUCUUGGAAUGAGGAUGGAGUGGAAUGAGAAUGGUGCUGGUACUCAAAUGUUAUUCCAACCUGCACUAAAGUGGCAUAGCACCAUAGCACCAUCUGUCCAGUCAUUCAGAACUGUGCAGUGUGAACUCUAAAUGUGUGGGGUUAGAGAGGGAUAGGGGCAGAAGCAGAAUUGGGUUAAUCAGAAUUCUGCAUGAUUUUUUAAAUUUAAAUUUAAUUUUUUAAUAUGCUAAAGAACCUCCUCGUUCUCGUUCAUGCAAAUGUGUGACAUGUCUUACUCUGAGGAAAAACGAAUGUAAAGCAACAACUGUUUUUUGAGCAGCCAUUGAAAUUGUGCAAUCAUACUUAAUAAAAUGUUGCUUUGAUUUUGUCAGCAGUACAAGAGGUCAUUGUUUUAGGCCUUUAUUUAAUUUGAAAUGACAUUAAAUA